AUGUCUCAAAAUUCUGGCUGCCAACUACAUGAUCAUGCUUCCAAAACACCUGCACAAACUGAAGAAAGUAGUGAAACUACAAAAACUAGAUGCAUAGAAGAUAAUACUGGGCCUACUAAAGGAUGA